AUCAGUUCACUCAUGCCCAUCAGCUCUUGCGACCUGCAUCCCCGAAGAGGAGAAAAAUGGCCCCGGUUUCAAUCAGACGCGUUCUUAUCAGUGAAAGUGUUGAUCCGAGCUGCAAGACGAUUCUGCAAGAAAACGGAAUUGAAGUGACGGAAAAACAAAAUAUGAGCAAAGAUGAGCUGAUUGCUCAGAUUAAGGACUACGACGGCCUCAUAGUUCGAUCGGCGACCAAAGUUACUGCCGACGUCAUCGGCGCUGCCAGUAGUCUGAAGGUGAUUGGCCGAGCCGGGACCGGAGUGGACAACGUCGACGUGGAUGUGGCAACUAAGAAGGGCAUAAUAGUCAUGAACACUCCAAGUGGCAAUACCAUCAGUGCUGCUGAACUGACCUGUACACUAUUGAUGAGUUUAUCAAGACAUGUUCCACAAGCUACUAUGUCAAUGAAAGCAGAAAACUGGGAUCGUAAAAAGUUCAUGGGUGCAGAGCUGUAUGGAAAAACACUUGGAAUAGUUGGGCUUGGAAGAAUUGGAAAAGAGGUAGCCACCAGAAUGCAGUCCUUUGGCAUGAGGACCAUUGGUUAUGACCCCAUUACCCCUCAAGAAGUAUCAGCCAGCUGGGGGGUGGAACAGAUGUCUCUGGAGGAGCUUUGGCCCCAGUGUGAUUACAUCACAGUGCACACACCUCUUAUGCCCUCCACUACAGGAUUACUUAACGAUGCCUCCUUUGCUAAAUGUAAGCGAGGGGUGAAGGUGGUGAACUGUGCCCGUGGAGGUAUCAUUGAUGAAGCUGCUUUACUAAGAGCUCUGGAGUCUGGCCAGUGUGGAGGAGCAGGCCUGGAUGUGUUUGUGGAGGAACCUCCAAGAAACUGGGCCCUGGUGAAGCACCCUAAUGUCAUCAGCUGCCCUCAUUUGGGAGCUAGCACAAAGGAAGCCCAGGCUCGCUGUGGCCAGGACAUUGCAUUGCAGAUUGUGGACAUGGUCAAAGGCAAAGCAUUAGUGGGCGCUGUAAAUGCCCAGGUGCUGGCCAGUACCUUUACCCCUGAGUCACAGCAGUGGAUCAGGUUAGGUGAGGCCAUGGGCAGAGUACUAAAGGCCUGCAGCUCCUCUAAACAACCCUGUGCUCAUGUUCACAUCACAACCCAAGGAGAUUGUUUAAAGAAAUCAGUUGGGUUCCUGAGCUCAGCAGCUGUAGUUGGACUGCUGUCUGAAGGAUCAGAGAAUGGCCCUAACUUGGUGAACGCGCUGCCUCUAGCCGAGGAGACAGGGAUUACAAUAAAAAAGAGCCACAGUGACGUGAACGAAGCUAAUGGGACCUGUAUGGUGGAGGUGUCUGUAAAUGGCAGCAUCUAUAAAGCCUUAGGUUCUGUGCAGGCAGAGGUACCAGUCCUGCUGGAGCUGAAUGGCAGUGUGUUCCGACAGCCAAUCCCUCUCUUUGGAAACCUGCUCUUCUUCAGGGCAGCCGGAUCACCACAGCUCCUGCCCUCUGUUGCCAGCAUCUUGGCAGCAGCUGGUGUAGAGAUGGACUACUUUAGUGCCUCUACUGCCUCUGAGGGUGACCAGUGGUACUGUAUGGGGAUACAGUCUCUGCUGGGAGACCUCGGUUCUUUGAAGCCCUUGGUGAAAGAAGCUGCACAACUCACUGUAUAAAAUCCCUGCUAACUGAAAAUCGUUGGGAAUUAUGUAGCAUUCCAGUGCCUAACAGGGUUACAUAACAUGACUCUAAACUAGCACAAACAUAUCGUUACUGCACUCUCAAAUUUACUGUGAAGAGCCUUAAACACUAGCUUUGGUCUGUAUAGUGCUAAUAUGGUAAAUGUAGUAUGUGCUAAUAAGUGCUAAUAAACACCAAAAUAAGAAAAUAAGGUUUGACUGGGCUACUAAAAUGUUAUUGUGAAGUAAUUCAUUACGUAACACAAAAAAAUCACAUCGUUUAAUACUGUGAUACUGACAUAUGAGUUUUUAUCCACAUUAAGGAAGCCCAUUUCCACCAUUUUAAAUAAAACAAAUCGUAUGAAUUGCUAUGCCAUUAUUUUGAGAGAUUUAUACAUUUUGUGUGUGUGUGUGUGUGUGUGUGUGUGUGUGUGUGUGUGUGUGUAUACCCACUGAGCAUUUUAAAAGGAAUACCUCUUAAAGUGAUACCUACUCUUUGGUGGUCCUGUGGGGUUCCUGACCAUUGAAGAACAGGGUGAAAGGGGGCUAAGAAAGUAUGGAGAAAAACAGAUGGACUACAGUCUGCAAUUGUAGAACUACUUUGUAGUAAUUCUAUAGUUGCACGUGUGUGUGUGUGUGUGUGUGUGUGUGUGUAUUAAUAUUAAAUUAAUGGCAUAGCAGUUCACUUAAUGGACAAAAAAUAACAGGUUGUAGAUUUUCUUCGUGAAGUGGCAGAAAUGGGUUUCUAUAGAGUGAUGAUGUGAAAACGCAAAAAAACCCUGUCUUUGUACUGUAGAAAUGUGAGUUUGAUUAAAAGCAGUAAUACAAUCAGAAACUGUCGCCUUUUUG